UUCACUGUCCCUCCGCUAGCCACCUAGCCCUCGGAACCCCGCGGGUGCCUUACCCGGAUCGGAGGACCGAGCUCCCUCCUCCGGGUGGGCCCUCCGCCCUCGCAACCUCGUCCGGCUCUCCUCGGACGCCCCCUUCGCCCAGGCCCCGCCCCCCGCCGCCGCUCUAGCCUCCGCUCCUCUCGUUGUUGUGUCCGGUGCCUCAGGACCCCAGAAAGUUUCGGAUGAGCUUAUCCCAACACUUAGAGAUGGGGCUCUGGAACCUGGGAGUCCUGGAGAAUCGCCCUUAGGGCUCCUGGUCGAGGGCUCCUGCGUUUUCUUCCUUUCCAAAGUUCUGAGUCCCCUUCCUGUUUCACAUUCACUACCCCCGAGGUACCAUGGCCUCCAAGCCUUGUUAUGAGUGGAGUACCACUCUGUCCCACCUGACACUGGGAGUGGUGUCUCUGCAUGCAGCCGUGAGCACUGCCCAGGCAAGUCGAGGGGCCGCUGCUGGCUUCCUGCUCCAGGCCUUGGCCUCUGCCACCGUGCUGGCCCCAGGGCUGGGCACAGAUGAAGACUCUCUUGCUGGAGCCUGGGUGGCCACUGUCAUCAGUCUGCCCCUUCUGGCCUUUGAUUUCCACUGGGUGAAUGGGGACCGCUCCUCUGCCAACCUGCUCCUGGGAGGAGGGAUGGUGCUGGCUGUGGCCGGUGACCACCUUGGUGCUGAGGGUCGCUCUGUGGCUGGUCAGGCAGUGGUGCUGGUGGUUGCAGUGACUAUCCUCAUCGUGGCUGUUUUCACAACCAACACUUAUGGAAUGUGGGGGGGUGCGAUGUUGGGUGCUGCAGGCCUCCUGAGCCGGCUGGAAGAAGACAGACUGCUGCUGCUGCCAAAGGAGGACGUCUGUCGCUGGGCCCUGGCUGCAGGCAGUUGGGCCUACCACCGAGCCCUGCACACACAGCGCCUGCAGUGGGAGUGAUGCUUAGAGACAGCAUGGUGGGGCUUCCGCCCUGGCUACCACUUCCCCCUCCCACAGGCCUGCUCCCCUAAGGAUGGACUCUCGGGUCUCCCAAAAAGAGCUUGCUGCAGGGUGAUGGAUGCCUUAGUCAGGAGGCCGAGUCCAUGCACCACCGUCCCUCCUCUGCCUGAGUGUGGGGACUUGCCUAGACCAGAAUGAAGGGGAUGGGGCCCCAGGCACAUUUUGGGGCCUGCUGCUGGGCAGGCCAUGGUUGUGUAUCCAAAGAGAGGCUUGGUCUCCAAUAAACCUUAGGGAAACAGCA